GAUUCCGAGAUCGCGAACAAAAUCCCUAUCCCUUCUAUCCAAAUACCGCCAAUUUUAUAUGAGUAUAUCAAGGAUUUUCGAAUUUUCAUCACCCAGUCCGCAUUAGUGAACCUUGUUUGGUGUACUGCGUAAAAUUCAAGUCUAAAGUGUAAAGAAAUUGCUAUAAAAACUAGUUUAAAAACAGUAAGUCAUAGGAACACAAAGCAGAGCCAUAAAAAGGACCAAAGAAGCUGUCCUUCCAGAAGUUUUACGCCGGCCCCUGUGCCUUAUCGGUUGCUGUGAGAGAUGCGCGUGCUGUGUGCAGUCAACAGUGUUGCACCGCUAGCGGCAGUGUCAGGAAGUGCGUCCCCCGCGGUACUGGUCCGACAUCGGAGAGGCUGAAAGCAUUCCGGACCGGAAGUACAGGAGAAGAUGCUACGUUCUGCGUUCGGUGCCGGAAGCCCGGCACUGCUGGUCGCCGUCUGCCACCUGCUGGUUCAGGCGACCGGAAGCGCUCCGGUGCUGGUGCUGGUUGCAAACGGAAGCGACAUUACGAUUAAUUUUCCCGGCGAAAACAACAACAACCGGCUGGUGAGCAUCGUCAGCGCAUCCGGCAACAACAACCCGUCCAUGGUCGAUUGGAUCGGUGGCAACGGAGCGAACAAGGCACCCUCGAUCUCGCUCGGUCGGGGACUUCCGCCGGUGGCCGAUGACUCGGACGAGUCAGCCGAGGAUUCGAACCCCAAUCGCCGAUGGUCGGUGGCACCACCGGUAGGAGCGAUGCCGGAGAGCGAUGAAGCGGCCGGGACACUGCCCACCGUGACGACGGCCACCGUCGGAGCCGUUACGACGACGAACGGGACCGCCAGUAUCCGGAACACCACUCCGAAGCCGACCACCGUGGCGGCCAACUAGAAGGAGGGCUCCCGGAAUGUUGAGGCUGAAGGGUUCCCAUUGAACCUGGACCCGAAAUAAAACAAAGCUCUGCUCACGGCACACGGGCCCCACGGGGUUGUUACUGUUCUGCGUUCAUGUUGCGUUACCUUUAUUUCAAAUGCUGCUGUGAGGGUUGUUGUAAUGUUGGUUUAUUUUCAUUCCUUUUGCACAGAUCGUUAGGGAGGAAGAGGGUUCGAUAAAUACAAUCAGCAAAGUGUUGUCCUUUCUUUAUAUU